CAACGUCACUUCCGCGCUAGACUGCGCGCGAUUUGACUCGUGUCAACCAAAACACAGAGGAGGACUACUAGAUACAAACAAACUGGAAAGCUAACAGGAUGCGUCGGUCAGCAGCUCCUAGUCAGCAAGGCAAUGCGGCUAAAAAGAUGCGCUUUGUGCCUCCUGGGACGCGAGGAUUUCCUCCUUGUCCGAGUCCUGACACUCCUGAACACUGCACACUGCCUCUGCAGCCCAAACCCACACUCACUAACGCAGUUAACACGGUGCAGACACCGGUCAACAGGAGACCACGUGAGUCUCAAGUGUCAGGAGCGUUGGCACGGGUGCUCAGUGUGGUCCCAGUCUCUGAGAAGACCACAGAUACACCCUCUGAGGAAGAGGAGAACACACACACACAUAUGAAGGAUGAGGAGCACCAGGCCCCCCAGAGCCGACCCAUCAGCAUACAGACAUGCCCUACAGAGCGGUACCUCAGCGUCAUGUGGUGUAAGGCGUCCAACAGGAAGCAUAAACGCUGGGAAGGGGAUGCUGUUUUGGUUGCCAAGGGGCGGAGUGUGGUGCUGAAGGACAUGGAGGGGAAGGAUAUUGGUCGAGGCUCUGGUUACAAAGCGUCAGAGCUGGAGAAUCUGGCUGAAGGUGAAACCUUGAUGGUUUCUGGGAAGCAGAUUGAGGUCAUGGGGGUCAUCUCUGCAGAGGACUAUGCCAAGGGCCGCUGCUUCCAGGAAGUCUCCACUGCAACCUCCACAGUGCCCUUGCUUGAGUCCGCUGUUGCCAGGUCAGCAGCAAAACCCUUCUCUCGGCCAUCUCUCAAGGGUGGAGUCGCGAAAUCCAAAGAGCCGGAGAGAGAGAUACGGCCCCGUCAUGACCCAAAUGCACAAGGUGCUCUAGUGAUGCCUCGCCCCCCAGCCAAUCACCAGUGGCUUUGGAAUAAAAGUGGCCUCCCAUUAGUAGAUGUGGUGAUGGAUCCUCAUCUGACCGUUCGUCUGCGGCCGCACCAGAGAGAGGGUGUGAUCUUUCUCUAUGAGUGCAUCAUGGGAAUGAGACUGUCGGGGCGGUGUGGUGCGAUCCUGGCGGAUGAGAUGGGCCUGGGGAAGACUCUGCAGUGCGUGAGCCUGCUGUGGAUGCUGCUGAGGCAGGGGCCGUAUGGGGGGAAGCCAGCCAUCACCCGCGCCCUCGUCGUUGCCCCCGGCAGCCUGGUCAAGAACUGGGGGGCCGAGUUCAACAAGUGGCUCGGACGAGAACGACUUCGAGUCUACAUGGUGGAUCAGGACCACCGUGUGGAGGAGUAUGUGUCGUCUCCGGUGUGUCCAGUGAUGGUGGUGAGUUAUGAGAUGGUGCUGCGCUCCCUGAGCUCGCUGCAGAAGCUGGACUUCGGCCUGCUUAUCUGUGACGAGGGUCAUCGGCUCAAGAACACAAGCAUCAAAACCACCAGCGCUCUACACACACUCUCCUGCACCAGGAGAAUCAUACUGACGGGGACUCCUGUGCAAAAUGACCUUCAAGAGUUUUACUCAAUAGUUGAGUUUGUGAAUCCAGGCGUUCUGGGAUCUUCAGCAGGAUACAGGAAGAUUUAUGAGGAGCCAAUCAUUCACUCCCGCCAGCCUUCCUGCACUCAGGAGGAGCGUGCACUGGGAGAGGAGCGUGCCGCGGAGCUGUCUCGGCUGACCGGGGUGUUCACCCUGAGGAGGACGCAGGAGAUCAUCGGCCGCUACCUCCCCGGCCGCGUGGAGUGGACGCUCUUCUGCCGGCCGACUCCGCUGCAGAGCAGCCUGUACGCGCAGCUGCUGAGCACGCAGGCGGUGCGGUCCUGCCUCCGGGGCUCCACCACGCACCUCAGCACCAACAGCCCGCACUUCGCCUGCAUCAGCGCCCUCAAGAAGCUCUGCAACCACCCGGGGCUGCUCUACAACACCAUGAAGAAGGAUAGCACAGAGGGUUCUGUGUGUGAGGGCCUGUCAGCAGAGCUGUUCCCUGCAGCCUACAGCAGCGGCACGUUCGGCACGGACGAGUCGGGGAAACUCCUGGUGCUGUGUGACCUCCUCGCUGCUGUACAGCACUACAACCCCACAGACAGGGUGGUGUUGGUCUCUAACUACACUCAGACUCUGGAUCUGCUCCAAGAUCUAUGUGUUCAUCUCGGAUACACCUGCUGUCGCCUGGACGGUAACACCCCAGUGUCCAAGCGGCAGAACCUGGUGGACUCUUUCAACAAGCCGAGCUCAGACCACUUCCUCUUCCUGUUAAGCUCCAAGGCUGGAGGGGUGGGCCUUAACCUGGUGGGGGCCUCCCACCUCGUGCUCUACGACAUUGACUGGAAUCCUGCCAAUGACAUGCAGGCAAUGGCACGUGUGUGGAGAGAUGGACAAAGGAAAACUGUUCACAUCUACAGGCUUCUGACCACAGGUACAAUAGAGGAGAGGAUCUACCAAAGGCAGGUGUGUAAGCAGGGUUUGUCAGGUGCAGUAGUUGAUCUGGGGAAAGGGGCUGAUCACAUCAGCUUCUCUUCUGAGGACCUCCGCGAUCUUUUUACCUUUGAAACCAAAACAACGUGCCUCACACACCAGCUCCUGGGCUGUCGCUGUGCAGGGGACGGAGAGAUACAGUGUUUGCCAGAGGAAGAGACCACAUUGGCGGAGCGGGCCUGUCAGUUGGGUCGUCGUGCCGACAGUGUGAACAUUCCACAGCGGGUUAGCAUGUCUGAGCUCAUGCAGUGGAGACACUACUCAGGAGACAACCAAUCAUAUGGAGACGUUUACCUAGACCACGCCCACUCACACAUCACCUAUGCUUUUCAGAGUAUGAGCACCGAAACGCAACUGUCAAGGUAGCCCAAGCAGACAGACUUGGACAUAACUGUAUUCCACAGUGACUUCGUACAUUCACACACAGAAAUGAACACUCACAAAGACACGUAUAGUGCAAAUAGCCAUACUAUACAGGUGUGUAUGUGUCCACUGUCCAUAUGUAUUUGUUGUCAUUUAUUUAUGCACUAUUUCCUUGAACCACAUCUGAAAGCAGUUCAGAAAUGUUGGGUUAUCAAAAUAGACACGUACCUAUGUACAGUACAUGCAUACACACACAGAUAUUGUCAUAUUUUUAGUGAUGGACUGUUUUCCUUUUUAUUUGUCAUGAUUUAAUAAAGAUUAAGAGAU